ACGCGUUCCUUUUUUUUUUCUUUUCUUUUUCGUUUUUUUUCUGUCGAAUUUUCAAUGUGUGGACGUAGAAUUCACACAUUAAAUAUUAGUUUAUUUACUUAUUUAAAUUCGAUGUUGUGGUUUUGAUUUGUUCUUUGGAUCUGAUCUUCUUCCUUCCCCCUCUCCUUUUCAUCGACUGAAAAUUUCAUUAUUUAAAAAGUAAAAUUAAAAACAUAUAUUCAUUUUUUAAAAGAAAUUGAAUCAAUAAUUAGCAGCUCUUGUUCCUAUUCCCGUGGUUCCAACCUUUCUGUUCUCGAACCUCCCAAAUCUUCUUUCUUCUAAAUUUUCACCCAGUUUUUCUCUGCUCGAUCUUCUCAUCGUUUCUCGUUCCCUUCCGCGUAAAGAUUCCAUUUUCAAAAUACCCACAUGCUGUGAUUCUCUGUAUGCGAGUGUACCAACACGUGAUCCAUUCUUUUACAAGCAAAAGAAAAUAAAAAAAUUCAAUUUUUCUUUCUGGGGUGGCGAUUUUUCGAUCUGGGUAUGUGGAAGCUUGAGUGAGGAACAGUGGGUCGUGGUUGGUUGUAGCAGAUAGGCGAAGCAGAAGCAGAGGCGGUGGCAGUGAUGGUUGUGGCGGUUCUGGUUGGAGAAGGUGGCGAAGCUGAGGGGAUGAAGAAAGAUCAAUAAUUUUAAAUCAGUUUUGGGAAAUAAUGCUGUAUCUGAAGCAGCCUAGAGUUCAGGAUAUGGGAUUGUAUUUUUGGGUUGUGGGAUUUUUGCAUUGUGUUGAUUCUGAAUUUUGGUAAUUUGGCACUCUUUGCAUGCCAGUUUGGUAGUUUCCCUGAGCCUGAGGCUCGGGGGAUCUGAGUAUCAUACAGAAAGUCAUGGCAUCGUCAGAGAAGGAACCUUUUUCUCACUCUCCUUCUGCCUCUGACGAAACCCCUCCUCCUCCUUCCAAUCUUUGUAUGCAGAAAUUUAGGCUAUAUGAGACUCGAUCGAACUUUUACAUGAUAGGAAGGGACAAGAGUAGGACAUAUUGGAGAGUAUUAAAGAUUGACCGUCAAGAUCCUUCUGAGCUAAAUGUGCGUGAAGAUUCAACCACAUAUACAGAAAGUGAAUGUUCUGAUCUUUUGAGACGUAUACAUGAGGGGAACAAGUCCACCGGUGGUUUGAAAUUUGUUACAACUUGUUAUGGAAUUGUUGGUUUCAUCAAAUUUUUGGGGCCUUACUACAUGCUGCUUAUCACGAAAAGAAGGCAAAUUGGUGCAAUAUGUGGUCAUGCAGUAUAUGCCGUCUCAAAGAGCGAGAUGAUUCCAUUGCCAAAUUCUUCAGUUCGAUCUAACAUCAUCAAUUCUAAAAAUGAAAACAGGUACAAGAAGCUCCUAUGCAUGGUCGACCUUACAAAGGACUUCUUUUUCAGCUACUCAUAUCACAUUAUGCGUAGUCUUCAAAGGAACAUGUGUGAUAGUGAGACAGGCCAUGUUCUUUAUGAGACCAUGUUUGUUUGGAAUGAGUUUUUAACUCGAGGUAUUAGGAAUCACCUCCAGAAUACUAUUUGGACAGUUGCACUAGUGUACGGCUUUUUUAAACAGGAAACACUUAUGAUAUCUAGACGGGAGUUCGUACUUACACUCAUUGCAAGACGAUCCCGUCAUUAUGCUGGCACUAGGUAUUUGAGGCGAGGCGUUAAUGAGAGGGGCAGAGUAGCAAAUGAUGUUGAGACAGAACAAAUAGUCUUUGAGGAUGUUCCAGAAGGACUUCCCAUCCAAAUAAGCUCUAUCAUCCAGAACCGUGGUUCAAUCCCUCUUUUCUGGUCACAGGAAACUUCAAAACUGAAUAUUAAACCAGAUAUUAUAUUAUCAAAGAAGGAUCAGAAUUAUCAAGCCACCAGACUUCAUUUUGAAAAUCUUGUCAAAAGAUAUGGGAACCCCAUUAUUAUUUUGAAUUUAAUAAAGACGCAUGAGAAAAAGCCUCGUGAGUCCAUACUUCGUUCGGAGUUUGCUAAUGCCAUAGAUUUCAUUAAUAAAGAUUUAUCCGAGGAGAACAGACUUAGAUUCCUUCACUGGGAUCUGCACAAACAUUUUCAGAGCAAAGCUACAAAUGUCUUGCAGCUUCUUGGCAAAGUGGCUGCAUAUGCCUUGACAUUAACAGGUUUUUUCUAUUGCCAAGUGACACCAACCUUGAGACUAGAAGAAUGUGUUAAGUGGCCAAUUACAGAUUUUGCAUGUAGCAAUGUUGAUAAGGGAACUUUUUCACCUACUAAAAAUCAUGAUGAUGAUGAUAAGGAGGAUGACAAUUUAGAGAGGAAACCAAGUGAAGGAAACAAUGUUCCCAGUGAAAACCAUUCUGUCAAACAACCCAUGUUGCAGAGGGGAGUGCUUAGGACCAACUGCAUAGACUGCUUGGAUCGCACAAAUGUUGCGCAAUAUGCAUAUGGGUUGGCUGCUCUUGGCCACCAGCUCCACGCUCUGGCAGUUAUUGACCACCCAAAAAUUGACCUUGAUGAUCCUGUAGCUGAUGAUUUGAUGGGGUUUUAUGAGCGGAUGGGUGAUACACUUGCACAUCAGUAUGGUGGUUCUGCUGCACACAACAAGAUUUUCUCUGAGAGGAGGGGCCAGUGGAGAGCUGCAACACAGUCUCAGGAGUUUUUUAGGACUCUUCAACGCUAUUACAGCAAUGCAUACAUGGAUGCUAUGAAACAAGAUGCAAUCAAUGUAUUCCUGGGGCAUUUUCAGCCACAACAGGGUAAGCCUGCUCUAUGGGAACUGGGUUCAGAUCAGCACUAUGAUGCAGUGAGACUUGGAGAUGAUGAUGCAAGGUCAUUUUUCAAAAGAUCCUUCUCAGAUGGAAACAUUCUUGAUGAAAGUUCUACACCUAUGUCAGCCCCAAAUUCCAAGCACGAAAAAUUCUCAAACCCAGGUUUACCAGACCGAUCAGGAGAAGGAAGCAAGGGUUUUUGUGAGUCAUCACCUGAAAUAUCUACUUCUGAGUGUGACAUUUCACUUUCAAGGUUCACUCCCUCAAUGCCUCGGAGACAGCUUUUUGGAGACAUGCAAAGAGAGCGCUACCUGGAAAGCGAACAUAUUUACUAUUCUGAGCAUGGAGAUUCCUUCAGCUGCUCCAACUUUGUUGAUCUGGAUUGGCUAUCUUCUUCAGGAAAUUCAUGUGAAGAAGAGCCAUUUGAAAGAUCUUCAAUUACCAACUCUCCAAUUGCCGGAGUUUCUUCAGAAAAUGUUGUCAAUGGAAUGAUUGUAGGAGAAACAACUGCCUCCACUAGUGACUGGGGGAGCUCCAGCCUAAAGGGAAGGGAGCAGACUGAACCAGAGUUAUCCUACACAAAUGCAGAGUCCAAUGCACCGGAGGAAUUUCCAGAUACUUUUGUAAACUGGGUGACAUAUGGACAGACACUUUGCCAUUGAAGUUUUGCAUAUGAUCUUUUGCACUAAUAUAUAGGUGACAUUUUUUUGGCUUGGUCUAAAAGAUGCUGAUUAGAAGAGACUAGAGAGAGCUUAUCAUAAGGAACCGGGUAAAGGAAAGAAUCAAGCAUUUUGGGCUCUGUAUGGUGCGAUCAUUCUUGGGGUUGACAUGCGGCAGCAUUAAGUCUGUUGUGGAAGUCUCAGUCAAGUCCUGAAAGCAUAGUAGAAAAUAGUGCAUAGCAUGUGGUUGUAAAAUUCUUUGCUGUCUUCUCUUUUUGGUUGUUUUCCUGAACUUCAAUGUUUCCAUCCUCUUUCCCCAGUUAUAGUAGGCGCACUUUUUGUAAAUAUCAUUACCGUGGUUCUGGGAGCUCUACUUUUAGAAUUGUAGAUAAAUUGAUUCUUUUAAAUAACUUUGCUUAUUGUAACGUAUAAUGUAGUAGUAGCACUCAUACGCAUGGUCACACUAAUCUGCUUCUGCCUUGGUGCGGUUCUUUCGAGUUGAUGUUUUGAAGUUCUUACGAGGAGCAAUGCCCUUCAAGCUCUUAAAACUUGUUUUAAAUUUUGAGCGUGUAUCGAGUGGCGCCUUGCGCUACAGCGCCGUUAACCAGUGAAUUAAGCAUUUAUUUGAUUUAAUACGAUUUAGUCCGACUAACUGAAUCAUGCCAGUUCAAUUCGUUGCUCAACUCAUUUCAUUUCAAAAUAUCUUGUAUCUAUUCAUUGUGAUAUUUUCUGAAUUUUUAUGUAAAACUAUAAAUGCCAUACUUAUCAAGGAGUUUUUUUUAUUUAUUAUUUGAUCAAUCAGCCCAGUUUUAAGAAGUUUCUUUCAAGUCAAAGCAUGCUUGCGCACCUUAAAAGAGUUGCAUUAUCAACUUGGCACAAUUAAAGGAAUUUAGCUUAACAUUAAACAUUUAGGGAUAAAACAAAGAUGCAGAAGUAAUUUCUCAAGUUGAAAACAUUACUAAGCAAAUCGAAAUCUGGAUAAACUUACUAUUUGAUCCCUACAAAUUAAAGAAAUAAACUUGCACAAGUAACAUUUAAAAUUUUCCCAUUAAAUAAUUCACCUCAAAUGGAUUAUUCCCUUCUAUUCUUUUUGUAAAAAAUAAUUAUCAAUAUUCUUUAUCUUAGGAUGUUUUAUUUUAAUGCUAACAUUAAUUUUUAUAUAGAUUAAUUGCUAAAUUUUUACCCCUUUAUUUAUUAUAAAUUUUAUACCUAUAUAAAUUAAGAUAUUCAUUCAUUUAAUAAUAUAAAUUGACUAUAAAUUGCCAAUUGACCCUUUUAGUAUUUGUAAUACUUUCAAGUACCGUAUAAGUUUAUAAUAUAUAGCGCGUAGGUCUCCGUUAGAUCUUUAAUUCUCUUAAAAAAGAUAGGAGUAUUUAUCGCACGUACUGCCACCAUGCCGUGUCCAUACUAGAAAACGUCUCUUUACCCCUUCAACUCCCAACUCCGGAUUUCUUCUUUAACAACUCCUAAAAU